AUGAGUGGUGAAAAGAAGGAAUAUCCAAAAGAACAUAUUGAUUUAUAUCAACAAAUUAAAUGGAAUGGUUGGGGUGAUACAAGAAAAUUCCUUCACCAAUUGAAACCAUCUGGUACUAUUGCAAUGACAACACCAGAGGUAUCAAGUGUACCAUUACCAUCACUUAGAGGAUUUAUAAAGAAAGAAUUAACUUUACCAGGUGAAGAAGAUAAACCAUUCGUUUUAGAUGAAACACCAGCAUUACAAAUUGAAAAUAUUCAUGUAGACCCACCAAAACAAUAUCCUGAAUUUGUUAGAGAAUUAAAAGCAUUCUUUUUACCUGAUCAAUUAAAAGAUGAUAAAUUAGCACGUAUUACUCAUACUUUUGGUAAAUCAUUAAGAGAUUUAAUUAGAGUUAGAAUUGGACAAGUUAAGAAUGCACCAGAUUUAAUUGUUUUACCACAUUCACAUGAAGAAGUUGAAAGAUUAGUACAACUUGCACAUAAAUAUAAUGUAGUAAUUAUUCCAAUGGGUGGUGGUUCAAAUAUUGUUGGUGCAAUUGAACCAGUAUCAAAUGAAAGAUUCACAGUAUCAAUUGAUAUGAGAAGAAUGAAUAAAGUUUUAUGGGUUGAUCGUAGAGAGAUGACAGCAUGUAUUCAAGUUGGUAUUAUGGGACCAGAAUUAGAAAAACAAUUACAUAAACAAGGUGUUAGUUUAGGUCAUGAUCCAGAUUCAUUUGAAUUCUCAACAUUGGGUGGUUGGUUAGCAACUUGUUCAUCAGGUCAUCAAUCUGAUAAAUAUGGUGAUAUCGAAGAUAUGGCCGUUAGUUUCAGAACUGUAACACCAACUGGUACAUUGGAACUUAGAAAUGGUGCUCGUUCAGGUGCUGGUAUCAACUAUAAACAUAUCAUUCUCGGUUCCGAAGGUACUCUUGGUAUCAUAACUGAAGCCGUUAUGAAAGUACAUGCUGUACCACAAGCUGUUGAAUACUAUGGUUUCCUUUUCCCAACUUUUGCUCAUGCUGUAUCUGCCCUCCAACAAAUUCGUUCCUCAGAGGUUAUUCCAACAAUGAUUCGUGUUUACGAUCCAGAGGAAACUCAAUUAAGUUUUGCUUGGAAACCAAGUAAAGGUGCUGUAAGUGAAUUCACAAGUGCAAUGGUUAAAAAGUAUCUUCAUUACAUUCGUUCCUUUGAUUUCAAGAAUGUUUGUCUCUCUAUCAUUGGUUUCGAAGGUCCAAAGAAGGUUGUAGAUUUCCAUAGAACUUCAGUUUUCGAUAUCCUCUCCAAGAAUGCUGCCUUUGGUUUAGGUUCUGCUCCUGGUAAAACUUGGGCCGAAAAAAGAUAUGAUCUUCCAUAUAUUCGUGACUUUUUACUCGAUCAUAAUAUGUGGGUUGAUGUCGCUGAAACUACUGUCUCCUAUGCUAACCUUCAAACACUUUGGAAGGAUGCUAAACAAACCUUUGUCAAACACUUUAAAGAUCAAGGUAUUCCAGCUUGGAUUUGUGCUCACAUCUCUCAUACUUACACUAAUGGUGUUUGUCUUUACUUCAUUUUCGCCUCCAAACAAAAUGAAAACAAAGAUAUGGCUCAAUACAUUGAAGCAAAGAAACUCAUGACUGAUAUCAUCUUCAAAUAUGGUGGUUCUCUCUCUCAUCAUCAUGGUGUUGGUUAUGAACAUGUACCAUGGAUGACUCGUUAUGCUACAAGAGGUUGGAUCAACGUUUAUCGUUCUCUCAAAGAAACUAUCGAUCCAAAAGAUAUUUGUAAUCCAAGAAAAUUAAUUCCAACAAUUAAAGAAGAAAAUAAUAAAGAACCAUUCUUAUUUGAUGUUGUUAAUGUUAAAUAUCCAAAACUCUAA